AUGGAUCUGGACCCCAAGUACGACAACUAUGAUUUCCCCAUCAAGGGCCCUGAGAAGCAGGAUGGCCACGCCGGCUACCUCACAGAGGAUCAGAUCGCCAAGCUUCACCAGUUCCGCAUGAUGCUCGAGUCCGAAGGUUGCACUGAUCGAUUGGACACUUUGACUCUGCUUCGAUUCCUCCGAGCGCGCAAGUUCGAUGUCGAGGCCGCCAAAGCCAUGUUCCUGGAUACUGAGAAAUGGCGAAAGGAGGUUAAGCUUGACGAGACUGUGCCUAUCUGGGACUAUCCCGAGAAGGCUGAGAUCGGAAAGUACUACACUCAGUUCUACCACAAGACCGACAAGGAUGGACGACCCAUCUACAUCGAGACCCUUGGUGGUAUUGAUCUGACCGCCAUGUACAAGAUCACCAGCGCUGAUCGCAUGCUCCUGAACCUCGCUGUCGAGUACGAGCGCGUCGCCGAUCCCCGUCUUCCUGCCUGCUCCCGCAAGGCCGGCCAUCUCCUCGAGACAUGCUGCACCAUCAUGGAUCUCAAGGGCGUUUCCAUCACCAAGGUCCCCCAGGUCUACUCCUAUGUCCGACAGGCCUCUGUCAUCUCCCAGAACUACUACCCCGAGCGCCUCGGCAAGCUGUACAUGAUUAACGCCCCCUGGGGUUUCUCCACAGUCUGGAGUGUUGUCAAGGGCUGGCUCGACCCCGUCACCGUCUCCAAGAUCAACAUUCUCGGCUCUGGAUACAAGAGUGAGCUCCUCAAGCAGAUCCCCGCCGAGAACCUCCCCAAGCAGUUCGGUGGCGAGUGUGUGUGCCAAGGUGGCUGUGAGAACAGCGAUGCUGGUCCUUGGCACGACCCUGAGUGGGCUCGUCCCGCCUGGUGGGAGAAGAAGCAGGAUGCCAACGUCAUCGAGAACAAGGGCUCUGAGAUCGAGGAGCCCGCAAAGGCUCCUGAGGCUGCUCCCGCUGCUGAGGGUGCUGAUGCUACUCAGACUGCCCCUGCUCCCGCUCCUGCUGCCGCUUAA